AUUUUUGCAGUGUCUUUAUUUUUUUUAGGACAUUAUUUUUUGACCUUUGUUAACUUGACAGGUGACAGCUGCCAAAUAAAUAAAUAUGGCCAUGGCGGACUCUGCAAAUGAAUUAAUGCUCUUGGAGCGGGUCUUCUUGCGUUUGGGUUCAGCUGACACUGAUGAGCAACUUCAAAACCUCCUUUCCAAGUUCUUGACACCCGUUUUAUUAAAAUUGGCGUCUCCUGAGGAAAGCGUUCGCAAGAAAGUAAUGGAACUUUUAAUACAUGUAAAUAAACGUGUAAAAACUCGGCCCCAAAUUCAGCUACCUGUUGAAGAUUUGAUAAAACAGUAUCAAGACCCUGCAUCUACCUCAUUUGUCACGAAUUUCACAAUUAUUUAUAUGAAAUUGGGAUUUCCACGAUUGAGUGUUGACAGACAAGCCGAACUUGUCCCAGUUAUUUUGAAUGCACUUGAACAGAAACCUGUUGCUCACUUGGACAGCAUUCUUUUGCUGGUUAUACCGGUGUUAGGCAGAGUUAAGGUCCCGACUGAACCGGAGAAAGUGGCCACUUUAUUUGGCUUGAAUGAGAAGCCGCAAAUUGCCAAACAUUUGCUUGAUAUGCUUUUAGAUAUGCUUCUGUUGCCUUAUGGAGCCCUAUCACCUCAAACGCCCGAAAAUGAGCAAAGAUCUGUGUCUCUCCCUGUGCCCCCCUGUAUGAGCCAACACUCCUUCAAACGCAUUACUUUAAACAAUCCCUUAAAACCUGAGGAACUAGAAGAGAUUAAAUUGGGAAUUGUACGAUUUUUGGCACAUGGAGUUUUCAAAGACGAGGAUAUUUUAAUUCACCUCGUUGURGCAGCCGCCGAUACGCGAUUUACUGUAGCUAAUUUAGCUGAUAUGGAAUUGAAAAAAGUCGUCGGCUCUGUUGAUUGGGGUUCACUCAGUGUUGUAAUGCCCCUAUUUAGCAUGUUUUUGGGUUCCCAAUCGAAAAGUUUGAAAGAGGAUCAAAUCAAAUCACCUGCUAGUACCAGAAUAAGGCUUAAACUUUUAACUUAUCUGUGUCGGAUCACAGGAAAAGCUUUUGCAUUUCCAGCUUCGAUUCAGUUGAUUUUUGACUCCUUGUAUGGCAGUAAUACCAACACAAGGCUCAAGACUUUAGCCCUGAACUUCACUAUGAAUCUUGUAAGAUACGCCGACGAGGGCCCCUUGAGCAAAGUAGCCCCCGUCUUGCUGUCAGGCCUGCAAAAGCUGAUUAAAGAAGGCGAAGAAACGCAUCAAGGCCAAGCCUAUGUCUUGAUUGGGGCCCUCGCCCAAAGAUUUCCGAAAAUUGUUUACCACGACAUAAAUCUUUUGGAAACGUUUUUCAAAAAUUUGGAAUCUGCCAAUCCCGACUUAAAAUUGCAAAUUCGGGAAGGCCUUUUAAAUCUAAUUCUGGCAUACAAGUAUGAUGUUUAUUUGGAAGAAGCCGAUAAAGACGGUCGCUUGAAUAUCCUCUUUGCUUUAAUCAAAUUUCGGAUGAGUUCUGAAGAGUCAAUGGUGAGGUUUGUGGCUGUUAGAACUCUAGCUACGAUUUUUCCACCAGAACAUGUACCUUCAAAGUAUUUGUUGCUUUUAUUGACGGGUGAUAGCAAAGAUGACGUUUCUGCUGAAGCUUUUAAAGCACUUUAUGGAACGUCUCGAAAGACCGAAAUAGAUUUAUCAAAAAAGAAUAAAAUAAUCACUCCUCAAUUUCCGGAAAUUGUUAGUUAUGUCUACAGCGAGGCGGAAAAUUUAGUCAAAGAUUCCUCAAAGCGGUUUUCGGUUGGAAACCACUUUCUUCCAUUCGACCUACGAACAUAUGUUGAGUUGAUUAUUUAUUUGAGACUUUGCUUGAUCCGAAAUUUGGAAGUACCUCUAACUCGCGAUAUUUUGAACCACCCAUGUGAGUACACACCAAUUAUUAGACAAUAUCUUCAAGGUCUUUACGACCAAAACAAACCGAUUGAGAAUAAUCCAAUUCUUCAAUACAGUUCUCUAGUCAAGCAAUUACUACUAGUUAAUCCUUCUGUAGAAUCACUAAGUUGCAUGGUUGAAAUAAUCGGUUGCGUCCCACAAUUAAGUUCAGUGUUUUUCAAGGACACGCAGUGGGUACGAGAUCAGUUAAAUUCGACCAAAGAAGAAGUCCGAGAGUACGCUUCUACUCUCUACUCUCUUGUACUUAGUACAGAAUCGAAGGUAUUCGACAGUGCCAUUGAUUAUUUGUUGAAACAAACCGAAAGUAAAAAUUUGGAAGCCCAACAUGGCGCCCUUUUGGCUCUUGGUUCCUGUCUUCAGUUCGCACUGACGUAUACUUCAGUCAGUCGCGACAUACCCAAGAAGACAGUUUCUACAUUAGUCACGUUUUUGAAACACCAAAACCCAUUACUUGUUGGCGCUGCUUGCAGUAGCCUCGGUUUGAUAGUACAGAAAUCUGCAUUACCUCUGGAUGACGGUAAGCCGAAAGAGAUGGGGAGUCCCGACGCUAAACGUCCUGCUAACGAUAUCAUAACAAAGAUAGACGUCGUUAAUCGUUUGAUGGACGUGAUGAACAACACGAAAUUGUCGGCGAAAAUCCGUGAAAAGGCUGCAAAGUCUUUAGGACUGAUGUGUGUCGGAGAGAAAUUCCCGCAUGCUAAAGAGAUAAUGCAAGGGCUGGUUAACACGUCGAAAGAUACGAAAGACGUGGAGGUGCACUUUACGAUAGGGGAGUCGUUGGUGAUGUGUUGUCAGAGUGUGUGGUCGCCGGAAGCACGAAAUGCGUGGACGACGUUUCCGAAAGAUUAUGUUCCGAAUACGAGUGAAGCGAUGGUCGAUGAUAAUUUGGAUUGUUUACUGGAUGAGCUGUUGAAGUUGGCGAGACUACCGCAUCCGAAUUCAAAGCAAGCGUCGUGUAUUUGGUUGUUGGCGAUAUUGAAAGGGUGCGGAGAGAGAGAACCGAUCACGAAGAAGUUGCAGAUGUUGCAAAAUACGUUUAUGGAUUUGCUGUGUGAAAAUAACGAUAUUGUACAAGAUGCAGCCUCUAAAGGCUUAUGUGUCGUUUACGACACUUACAAAUCAGAAGAAUUACUCACAGCACUAGUAAAACAAUUGACUUCUGGCACUAGACAAGUGACCCAAGUCACAGACGAUACGAAAUUGUUUGAAGAGGGCCAGUUGGGUACAGCUCCGACUGGGGGUAAUUUAACAACAUACAAGGAACUGUGUUCACUGGCGUCCGAUUUAAACAAGCCAGAUUUGAUUUACCAGUUUAUGCAUCUUGCAAAUCACAAUGCAAUUUGGUGUUCGAAAAAAGGAGCAGCUUUUGGUUUUUCGUCAAUAGCUGAGCGUUGCGGCGAAGAUCUGAAAGCACACUUACCCUUAAURAUACCAAAAUUGUACAGAUAUCAGUUUGACCCAACUCCUAARAUUCAAGCGUCGAUGCACAACAUUUGGAGGGUGUUGGUAUCCGAGCCGCAGAAAACUUUGGAUCAAUAUUACGAUCAAAUUCUUGUCGAUCUUUUGGAAAAUUUAAAUUCGGGCCAGUAUCGAGUCCGCCAGUCGUGUUGUCUCGCUUUGCAAGAUUUCCUCAAAGGGGCUGGAAAUCGCUCGAUCCAUGACUGUAUUAACUCAAUGGAUGAACUCUGGAGCAAACUGUUCAGAGURAUGGAUGACCAUCACGAAGCCACGAGACUCACAGCAAAUAAAACCGCUCGAGUUUUGAGUAAAUUGUGUAUCAGAGGGUGUGAUGUAAGUCAGGGUAAAGCUGGCAUGAAAAUGGUCGAAGCGAUUCUACCCCCUUUGUUAAACAACGGAAUCACGAAUCCUGUCGCUGAAAUUCGUCUGAUAAGUCUUCAGACUAUUUCAGAACUAGUCGGUUCAGCAGGAUCACAGCUGAAACCAUUUUUGCCAAAAUUAAUUCCAGCACUUUUGCAAGCCACAGGUGAAUUAGAAUCGACGAAACUGUCGUAUUUGAGCACCAUGUUGGGGGCUCAAAGCCAAGCUCAGGAGGCUGUAGAUAGUGCUCGGGCUUCCUUUGCCAAAUCACAUUUCACGACGGAAACGGUCUCGAAAAGUUUGCAAUACGCCGAUGCAUCGAUUUUGGAAGAGUUGAUUCCGAAAAUUGUUGAAUUGUUGAAGGGUUCAGUUGGGUUGGGAACGAGAAUAGCCUGCACUCAUUUUGUAACACUUUUAGUGGUACAAAUGGGACAGGAUUUGCAACCUUAUACUGGAAAAUUGCUCGCAGCACUUGUCAAUGGUUUAACCGAUAGAAAUGCAGCAAUAAGGAAACAUUACGCAAGUGCUAUUGGACAUUUAGUCUCAACUGCCAAGGAAUCGAGUUUGGAGAAGUUGUUUUCCAAGUUGCAGCACUGGUACUUUGAGCGUGAAGACGAUUCUAUCCGGUCGGCAUGUGCUCAUACGAUCCAAUCUAUCGGAAUCCACAACCAGGAAGUGUUAAAAACGCACUCGGAGGUGAUUUUGCCCCUUGUGUUUUUUGCAAUGCAUUGCGAGAAAACGCCGGAGACAGAAAGCACUCUCGAGGUGUGGACGGAAAUUUGGUCGGAACACAGUCCGGGGACGGAAACCGGAAUCCGGCAAAAUAUCGAAGUCAUCUGCGAUAUCCUGAAAACAGCGUUAGAAUCACCUUCGUGGACGAUGAAGGCUCAGGCUGCGAGUGCCGUUUCGACGGUUGCAAGCAAAUUAGGUACAACGAUGGAUGCCAAACAUAGGAAUGCCCUGAUAAAUAUUUUAUUAAAUGGUUUAUCUGGACGGACAUGGAAUGGGAAAGAUAAAUUGUUAAAAGCGCUCGCUAGCAUUUGUUCAAAUUGCAGGGAUUCAAUUAAAGAAGAUGAUAGUGUUAAUGUCGAUUUGAUAAUAGAUGCUGUGAUUAAAGAGAGUCGAAAAGACGAGAUCGGGUAUAAAAUAAAGGCUUUGGGAUCUUUAGGGGAUGUUUUAUCGGCCCUCGAAGUAGACAAGUUCGAUGAGGUCUAUGCAAUAAUUCAGUCGAUCUUGACCGAUGAUAACGCGGUUAAGGAAGAAGAUGAAGAUAUUUCAUCGGAGGAAAUGGUGAAGAAACGCGAGAAUAACAUUAAGUUGAAAGAAACAGCUUACGAAACUUUGGGUAAAACAUGGCCGGCAAAAAGCAAAAUUACUCAAGAUAAAUACGGGGAAAUGUUCGUCGAACAUUGCGUUAAAUGCUUACCGUGUAUUACACGCUCGGUACAAGUCAGUGUGGUGUCAGCACUGUAUAAUUACGUCGAUAAACUCAUUUUAUUAAACGAGGAUUUGGUUGCUGACGAUAAGAAAAAGUUGGAAAGAAUCGUCGAUAAUAUCAUAAUUGCGAUUAAAUACGCUUUAGGAAUAUCAAAGCACACGAGGCUUCGGAAGGAGUCUCUCAACGUCGUGUUCUGCAUGGGUAACAAACUCAAGCAGAAAAACCACGAAGAGGAGUUUCGCAAAUUGCGUGAGAUGUUCGACCAGGCAUUGGUCGAUAUUUCUGGUGAUAAUCAACCGGAAAUCAAGUCGAGACUUACAGAUAUUAAAAAUUUGUUGAAGACCAAUUAAUUUUUAAGUUUGUAAAGUUUCAAAUAAACGAAUUUUUCGA